AUGCGUUCUCUUUCACUCAUCGCCCUCUCGGCCAUCCCUCUUCAGGCCUCCGCUGAAAAGGUGCUUGGAGCCUACGUCUUUGCACGCCAUGGAGACCGCACAGCGAAGAUUCUCAAGAACACCGAGCUCACUGUCCUGGGCUACAACCAGGUCUACCAGACCGGCACUGCCUACCAUGACCGCUACAUCAACUCGACUUCCUCGCACUACAUCGACGGCAUCGAGGAGCAGGUUGUCGACCUGGACCAGCUCACUGCCUCGGCCCCGGCCGACGCUGUGCUCCAGAAUUCCGCAACCGGCUUCCUGCAGGGCGUCUACCCCCCUGUCGGGGCCAUGUCCAGCAUGGAACUUGCCAACGACACAACCGUUGAAUCGCCAUUGAACGGCUACCAGCUCAUCCCACUUUCCCUGAUCGAUUCUGGCGCUAGCAGCGAAGACAGCACUUGGCUGCAAGGAACGACAGACUGUAACAAGGCCAAAACUAGCAGCGACAGUUACUACGAGUCCGCUCUGUACAAGAAACUGCUUGACGAAACCAAGGACUUCUACAAGUCCCUUGCUCCGCUCAUCAACACCUCUUUCUCGGAUGCCGACAUGACCUUUAGAAACGCAUACUCCAUCUACGACUACCUCAAUGUCGGCUCUAUUCAUAACAAGACCAACACCCCCACAGAAUCCCAGCUCCACCAAGCUUUCCUCUACGCCAACAUUGAGCAGUACAACCUCGCCUACAACGACUCCGAGACCGUCCGCGCCAUCGCAGGGUCUACUCUCGCUGCCGAGAUGCUCAUGGGUCUCAACGAAACCGUUACCUCUCAGGGAAAGGUGAAGCUCCACGUUGAGUUUGGCUCAUACGGCACUUUUCUCUCGUACUUUGGCCUUGCACAUCUCCCAGCAGCGGAUGUCAACUUUACCGGUAUUCCGGACUACGCCUCGUCCAUGGUCUGGGAGCUCGUCACCAACUCAACCUCGGACUCUUUCCCUUCCACAGACGAGAUCAGCGUCCGCUUCGGCUUCCACAACGGUACCAUGACGAGCUCUUUUUCCAGCCCGACAGAGUUCCCUCUCUAUGACCAGUCCAGUGCCACAAUCCCCUGGUCCACCUUCGUUGAGCAGACGGAGAAAAUUGCUGUUAUGACCACGGAGCAGUGGUGCGAUGUCUGCGGGAACACAAACGGACAAUGUGCUUCGUCCGGUGGCUCGUCUGAUUCCGGAAACGCCUCUACCAACUCUACUGACGGUGGUAACGGCGGUGGAAUCUCCAAGGCUGUGGCCGGUGUCAUUGGUGCUAUGGUGACCCUCGCGGUGGUGCUGGGUCUGCAGGCGCUUUUCCUCCUGAUGGGACCGUUCAGGCUAAGCAAGAAGGGAAGGGCUGCCGAUGCUUCUCCUGAGGGGACGGUUGUGGAAGAGAACAAGGACUAA